AUCCAGAUUAACUUUCUCUUUUCAGAUAAACAGUGCAUGUGUACUUUCUCACACACCCUAUUCACAACCGCCUGGCUAAAAUAAGUCGGUUUACUUCAGAGGAGUCGGCUGCCCAUAGAAUCGGCCAUGAUUUUAUAUUCCCUAUAUGAGUGCCUGGAUUUCAAAAGCUGUUUGUUUUUGAUUUGUUUACUGCUGCUGCUUAUAGAUUUGAUCAGACAUAAAAAUCCAGCUAAUUUUCCACCAGGACCCUGGCCGCUACCCAUCCUAGGAAAUGUCUUCACUGAUGUUAACUACAAAACUCUAGACCAGUUUAUUGGGAAGUAUGGGAACAUCUUCAGUAUCAGAAAUGGAAGUGAUAAAAUAGUGUAUGUGUCCGGGUUUAAAAUGGUGAAGGAUGUUUUGAUCACUCAAGGGGAAACCUUCACUGACCGCCCUGUUUCUCCUUUAUUUGACACACUUUAUAAAGGUAGAGGCUUGUCUUUUAACAAUGGCUACUCAUGGAGGAAACAACAGCAGUUUUCCAUGAGUCACCUGAAAAACUUUGGAGAGGGGAGGAAGACUCUAGAAGAACAUAUUCAACGAGAGUGCUACUUCCUGUGCGGAGCCUUUAAAGAAGAGCAGGGCUGCCCAUUUAACCCUCUGGUCAAAAUCAACAAUGCAAUGGCUAAUGUUAUUGGUAGUCUGGUGUUUGGCCAUCGAUAUGAGUAUGAUAACGUUGAUUUCCAGAAGCGUCUACAAAUGAGCGCAGAGUCAGUGUUUCUUACAGGAUCUGUGUGGAACCAGCUAUAUGAUGCCUUCCCAGGUAUAAUGAAAUGGUUGCCAGGACCUCACCAGACAAUAAUUUCAAACUAUCAAGAGUUAGCAAACUUCUUGAAAGAAAAGGUUGAGCAACACAGACAAGAUUGGGACAGCAACAAUCCCAGAGAUUAUAUUGAUGCCUACCUGACAGAAACAGAGAAGAGGAAGAAUGACACUGAGGCAGGGUUUAACAUUGACAGUCUGGUGUGGUGCAUGGUAGACUUGUUUGAGGGCGGAACUGAAACAACGACCAACACACUCCGAUGGGCUCUGCUUUACAUGAUCAAGUACCCUGAUAUUCAAGAGAAGGUCAGAGCAGAGAUUGACCAGGUGAUUGGCUCCCGUCUACCUACUAUGUUCGAUAAGGCAAACAUGCAUUACACCAACGCUUUUAUUCAUGAGGUUCUCAGAAAAGCAAACCUUGUGCCUAUAAAUAUGGCUAGAACUGCAAGAAAGGACACAACUCUGGGAGGCUAUUUCAUACCAAAGGGGACUGUGAUGAUCACCAAUCUGACAUCAGUGCUGUAUGACAAACAAGAAUGGGAAACACCAGACACCUUUAACCCUGGACACUUUCUAGACUCUGAAGGCCAGUUCUGCAGGAGCAAUGCCUUCUUCGCCUUCUCAGCAGGCAAAAGGCAGUGUCCGGGAGAGCACCUUGCUCACAUGGAGCUGUUCAUCUUUCUUGCUAUCCUCUUGCAGACCUUCAGGUUCAGCCCUCCUCCUGGUGAGGAGCCCAGUCUGGAGAGCCAGGUGGGCUUCACACAAGUCCCUUUGCCGUACAAGCUCUGUGCUCAUCCGAGAUAAAGGGUGCCAAAUCCUGCUGAGGUUGAAUGUGUGCAGUAUAGAACAUUUUAUGUGAGAAGUCUCACUCACAGCAUUUGCAUAUGCAGUGUUGAGGAAAGUUACUUUAAAAAGUAAUGCUGUUUAACUUCCUAAAAAAAAUUACUGAUCGCAUUACUUAGUCUAUGUUUUAUGUAACAUAACAUUACUUUUGAGUUACUUUUUAAAUCUGAGCAGAGCAUGUUCGUUUGUUUUUAAUAUAAAAAAUGUAUAUUACCAAUUUAAAAGCCCUUUCACACCAAGUAAAAUGAAUAUGCCUCAAGCUGAAGGAAAUUUAAAUUCAUGUCUGUAUUGAUUACUUUUUUUAUUCCGUUUGAGCAAUACUGAAU